GGUAUGGCUGCUGUUCGCUGCCUCCAGUGUCUCAUGCCGCCGUCCUGCUGUAUCACGGAGAGACGGCAGCGCUGAUUCCGGUGACCCCCUCGCUGGCACCUCGUGUGCUGUGGACUUCACCUUCCCGGGGCCACCCGCCAUGUCCUGUACCUGCUGACACCCGGGCACCGGCUGUCACCUGUUGUGCGAGCGCAGCAUCCGCGGGAAGCGGGACUGAGAGGAGCAGAAAGUUUCCCGGAGUUGUCUCCCCGCCCAGAACUGAUGCUCCAGCGCUCUGCCUCCUCAGCAGCAGCAGAGUACCACAAGUAGCCGCACACCGUGCCCGCCCGUGUGCACAGAGCCCUGAUGUACAGCAUGAUGAUGGAGACGGACUUGCACUCCCCCGGGGUUCAGCCCCCCAGUAACACGGGGCAGGCCGGGGGAGGAGGGGGUAACAAGGCCAGCCAGGACCGGGUGAAGCGGCCCAUGAACGCCUUCAUGGUGUGGUCCCGGGGGCAGAGGAGGAAGAUGGCGCAGGAGAACCCCAAGAUGCACAACUCGGAGAUCAGUAAGAGGCUGGGGGCCGAGUGGAAAGUUAUGUCCGAGGCCGAGAAGAGGCCAUUCAUAGACGAGGCCAAGAGGCUGCGAGCCCUGCACAUGAAGGAGCACCCGGAUUACAAGUACCGGCCCCGGCGCAAGACCAAGACCCUGCUGAAGAAGGACAAGUACUCCCUGGCCGGGGGGCUGCUGCACGCGGCCGGCGGGGGGCACAUGGGGGUCGGUCUGAGCCCCGGUGGCGGCACCGGCGGAGGGGGCGGCGGCACCGGCGGAGUGGUGGUGCAGCGCCUGGAAAGCCCGGGCUCAGGGGCCUCCGCUGGGGCCGGAGGAUACGCUCACAUGAACGGCUGGGCUAACGGCGCUUACCCGGGCUCCGUGGCCGCCGCAGCCGCUGCUGCCAUGAUGCAGGAGGCUCAGCUCGCUUAUAGUCAGCAGCAACAGCAGCACCCUGGCAGCGGGGGGCACCACCCGCACCACCCUCACCAUCCACACCACCAUCCGCACCACCACCCGCACCACAACCCCCCUCCUCACCCGCCGCCUCCCCCCCAGCCUAUGCACCGCUAUGACAUGAGUGCCCUGCAGUACAGCCUGCUCCCCGGGGCGCAGAGCUACAUGAGCGCCUCUCCCUCCGGCUACGGGGCGCUGAGCUACUCCUCCAGCCAGCAGCAGCACCAGGGAUCGCCGUCCUCCGCGGUCUCCUCCCUGGGCUCCCUGGUCAAGUCCGAGCCCAGCGUCAGCCCCCCUGUCAGCGGAGGAGGCCCGCACAGCCGGCAGCCCUGCCCCGGGGAUCUGCGGGAGAUGAUCAGUAUGUACUUACCCAGCGGGGGGGAGACUGGAGACCCGGCGGCAGUGGCGGCGGCCGCGGCGGCGGCAGCGGCAAACAGUAGACUGCACAGCUUACCCCAACAUUACCAGGGGGCAGCCAGCACGGGGGUAAAUGGCACCGUGCCCCUCACACACAUCUGACAGGACAGAGACUCAGUGCGAUGAUCACCGGCUCCUGGCAUCUUCCCCGUGUGAUCACUGCCCAGAACUUGUCGCUUGUUUUCUUUUGUACAGAAAUGUUUUCAUGUUUUAAUGAUUGUAAAAUAAUUCUAAUAUUAAUAAUAAUAAUACAAUGGAAAGUGAAGGUAAUGAUAACUCUGGCCAAUGUAGACGCGGCUCCGGUGCGGUUCUGUACAGUAUUUAUAGCGGCGGCUCCUUCAUCUUUCUGUUCCUUUCCUUUGGCCUCUUGUUGCAGUUUUCGUUUCUUUGCCUUUGAUCUUGUAUGUGACGCUGAUUAUUUAUGGCUCCGGAGUUUCUUCCCUUUUUAUUCGUUUAUUCUUUUUCUAAGCGUUUCUGUAUUUGUUUUCGUUUUUUUAUGAUUUCUUGUACAUUGCUGGUGAAAUAUUUUUUAUUCUAGCCGGUGCGGAUUCCUAUUGUAUACAUAGUUUAUGAAACGUCUUCUCUGCUUUAAAAAGAAAACCAAGUCAUCAGA